GGAGCUGCAGCAGCAGCCGGGGAGAGAGAGGGAGCUGAGAGCAGCAGUCGCUGUUGCGGUGUCAGUGAGUCGGUGACUGUGUGUGAGCGCUGGGGCUGCGGCUGUGUCAGACUCCUUUCGUUGCUGUCUGUCCGCCUGUAAAGGCAAUUCCUGGUGACCGAGCGGGGAUGGAGGAGGACGGGGCCGUGCCAGAAGACCUUUCAUCUGAGGAGAGGGAGGAACUGUUGAAUAUAAGACGCAGAAAAAAGGAGCUUAUAGAUGACAUUGAGAGGUUGAAGUUUGAAAUUGCUGAGGUGAUGACUGAAAUCGAUAAUCUAACAUCUGUGGAAGAAAGCAAAACCACACAGAGAAAUAAACAGAUCGCCAUGGGAAGGAAGAAAUUCAACAUGGACCCCAAAAAGGGCAUCCAGUUCCUCUUAGAGAAUGACUUGCUACAGAAUACAGCAGAAGAUAUAGCACAAUUCCUAUACAAAGGUGAAGGCCUGAACAAAACGGUCAUUGGCGAUUACCUGGGAGAAAGGGAUGACUUUAAUAUCCUGGUUCUUCAAGCAUUUGUUGAACUCCAUGAGUUUGCAGAUUUGAAUCUUGUCCAGGCGUUAAGGCAAUUUUUGUGGAGCUUCAGGCUGCCAGGCGAAGCCCAGAAGAUAGAUAGAAUGAUGGAAGCGUUUGCAUCUCGAUAUUGUCUGUGUAACCCUGGGGUGUUUCAGUCCACAGAUACCUGCUAUGUCCUGUCAUUUGCUAUCAUCAUGCUGAACACCAGCUUACACAACCCCAACGUGAGGGAUAAACCCUCUGUAGAGCGCUUUAUAUCUAUGAAUCGUGGAAUUAAUGAAGGCGGGGAUCUUCCCGAGGAAUUAUUAAGGAAUUUGUAUGAGAGUAUUAAGAAUGAGCCCUUUAAAAUCCCGGAAGACGAUGGGAACGACUUGACGCACACGUUUUUCAACCCUGACAGAGAAGGCUGGCUCUUAAAGUUAGGAGGAAGAGUAAAAACGUGGAAGCGGAGAUGGUUUAUCCUGACAGAUAACUGCCUCUAUUACUUUGAAUACACAACAGAUAAAGAGCCAAGAGGGAUAAUUCCUUUGGAAAAUCUGAGCAUCAGAGAAGUGGAAGAUCCCAGAAAACCAAAUUGUUUUGAACUAUUUAAUCCAAGCCACAAAGGACAAGUUAUCAAGGCCUGUAAAACGGAAGCUGAUGGGAGAGUGGUUGAAGGAAACCAUGUUGUGUACAGAAUAUCUGCACCGACUCCUGAAGAGAAGGAAGAAUGGAUAAAGUCCAUCAAAGCAAGCAUUAGCAAAGAUCCCUUCUAUGACAUGCUGGCAACAAGGAAGAGGAGGAUCGCUAAUAAGAAAUAACCGAAGAUCUCUUUGUGCAACUCAUGAAGAAAGUCUUGGAAAGUAUUACUCACGGUACUGCUCGAAGGACCAACCUUAACCUGGACUACCGAUAUCUCCCCUGGCCGCCUCAAACACAUUACUUGCAGUGAGGAUAGCUGCCAUAUGGUGGUGAUAUCAACGCAGAAUUUACGUUUUGUAUUAUCUGUAGACUGCUACAGUGUUUUGGCUGUUUUUUUUUUUUUGAUUGUUCAUAUAUAUAUAUGUUUUUUUUAAUUUAAUUUGAGUUCUAGACAUUGUAAACUUGAAGACUCCACACCCUCUUACCUUCUCGUAAGAAUGAUUCCUUGUCACAAUGUAAAUAGCUCCGUUCCUCUGCAAGUGGCAACCAAAAACACUAACUCUCUAUAGUCAUUGUCUGAGUUCAUGUUUAAUCCUUAAAGUAUAUGAUAGAAAGGCAGCUGCGCAGAUGGUACUGAAGGCAAGUAGACCUGGCGAGAUGCAGCCAUAACAUGUUGGUCGUGUUUGCUACCGUUAUCCUGACUUUCUCCUUGUAAGCAGCUUGUGUCGGUAUAACCUCUCAAGGGUAUUGUGCUGCGUCAGCAGCAAAGCAUAAACUUGUCGUAGCUAGUUUCUGAAUCCUGGUGUCGUCACUGAAUGGAAAAUCUAUAAGCUAAAGCUUCUGCUGUACAGAUUUGAAAUGAUUGAUAUAUAUAUAUAUAUAUAUAUAUAUAUAUAUAUAUAUAGUAGCACCAGCUUAUAUUGACUGUACAUAUAUUGGUUGUUAGCAGGGGGAAUACACAAUUGUGCCUGCUCAUUGCUCAUCGUGAAGAAGAAAUGACAGUGCUGUACCUAGAAGCGUUGGUGAGAAAUAGGAUGGUGAUCUCCAUUCGCACUUGUCUUCUGUAUGUGGUAUGGUGCAGCAAGUGGUUUGGUGUUUAAUACAAGAAGAAGACAACAAAUUCUGCCUUAAACAAUCAGAAUCGCUAAUGUCUUUUAGAGACCAGGUGCCUGAGGGCAGUAAAUGCCCCUUCCUAUUCUAGUCACUCCUUCAGACGCAGACAGGCCCAGAUGGCGUUAUUCAGCCAUGUGUGACUUUACCCUGGUAGAAAAAUGUAAAAUAUUGUAUAGAGACAGAGGCCUGAUAUACUUAUGUGUUCCCUCUGCAUAAUGCAAAAGGUAUAUAGGACUGCCUAUAUGCAAUGAUCUCACAGUGUAUGGUUGUAACCAGUGUUUGCUAUGGGGCCUCAUAUUGUUACAUUUUGAAUGUUGUUGUUAAAAAUAGUUUCUUUGCAUCACUAAAGAGUGGAAUUUUAUGUAAAAAAGAAAAAAAAUGUUAAGCAAAUAGAUGUUUAUUAUCAAUGCCUCCAAGUUUGUUUUGAGGAGAUGGUCUCAUGGUUCCGCUGCACAGAAGUUCCUAUGGUUAGUUGCACUCUAUAAAUUGCAUUUACAGGUCAUAACGGAGCUCCUCUUACCUGCUCAGCCAGGCUGGUUCACACUACAGUGUUAGGUGGUCAAGUCACCUCCCCAUUUGUGUGACUGAGAAAAUCAAAACGGAGGGACUUUGACAACUCUUGACAAACCCUACCCAAGCAGUGAUCUGUGAGCAUGAGUGAUAAAAUGCAAGUAAAUAACAUUUCACAUUGUAUUUUAGCACUCUGAAUUCCAGCCAGUAAUACCUUUUUAGUUUUGUAUGGAAUUAGCCUUUCAUAUAAAGCAGAGCUCACUGAAGUGGUGACAGUCCUGAAUAACCUCCGGAGAUGAUGCUUGUAGUAGGAGAUGGACUUCAGAAAAUUGACACCUACAAGCAAUGUGCAGCUUUGGCUGAAAGUACAAUGUGCUAGAAAAUGACAUUUAUAAUUUUAUAUUUAAUGGGCGGGAUUCAAAUCUUUUAUUGCCCCAUAUCUCCCGUCUAAAGUGAAAUAUAUAAAAUGUAUCCUGGGACCUUAUAUUCAUUUUGAUUGUAUAGACCUGUCCUAACCAGUACAGCCUGUGGAUAUUCUGUUACAAAUACUGAUCUGUGUUAUGUGUAAGUCCUUCUAUAAACGUCACCCUGUUUUUUGUGUAAUAUGUAGAUUUGAUAAUGGGCAUUACUACAGAAGUGUGUUGGAACACCGAGAUCUCUGUAAGUGCACAAUAUGAUCGUUGUUUCUCAUGGUACGGGAUGCCUACAUUAAUGCCAAGACGGGAUAAAGGAUGGAAAGCUGGCAUUAUGAAAAGACGUGGUUGUUCCAAGCUCAUUGCAGCCUUAAAAUGGACCCAUAACUUACGCACACUGAAGGCAGCCAUUUUGUGAGCUGAACCAAUAUCUAGCAGAAUGCGCCUCGUGCCUAUAACGCCUUAGCGAUGUCUCUUUCUCUAAUGAACUUAGGCUCCAUUUUGCUCAGCAAAAUGGCUUCUUCCACUAUAUUGAUAUAUAACUGGUCCAUCUUUGAAAGAGUUUUAUUGCCUUUAAUUGUUAUAUUAUCUUGUGUUGCUUCCUGUUAUUACUAUGUGGGUAGAUGCCACAUAGAGGAAGGUUUCAUUAUUGAUAUUACAAUUUAAGAUUAAAUAAACUUGACACACAUGCUAAACUUUCAGAUGGCAUUCUAUUGUGUAGCAAACCGCUGAUCAUGGCAAUCCUAAAGAAUAUAAGAUCAAAUCUUCUUCUGACUUUCAUUGGCAUGUCAGUGGGGGGUAUCAGGCGACCUGGAAGUGGUAAGUGCCUUCAUUGUUGUGCAGUCCGUCACCUAAACUACCAGGUCUGUGUGAUUGGACCCUGACAGUGUCUCUCUAAAACUCUUCUAGAUUUGGCAGACUGAAUGACCAGAGAUGUACAGGUGGGGGGACCGUAUGCACGUGACACACUGAUGAUGGGUGGCAUCAUGAUGAAUCUAAAACAAAAAAAAAUGACAUUACACUGUGAUAUCUAACAAAAUAAACUGAUAAAAUUGUAUUAUAUAAGACAUUAAAAAUCUAACUACUUAAAACUUCAUUACUACAUGGAGAGUUACCGGCUAGUGAGCUUAAAAACUUGGCAGAUAGUGGUUGCUCUGCAAUUUGUGGAGCCAUGUGACCACAUAUCAAUGUUCUCCAGGUCCUACAAGGAACCUUGUAAAUGGUUAAUAGUAUGAGUAAUAAAUGGACAAUAUUGUCCUUCUUAAAGGGACUGCCACAUCUGUUUAUAGUGCAUCUAUUGCCUACACACGGUGGAGGAAGCCAUUUUGCUGAUCUGACCUAAUUUUAUUAAUUCUUAGUGUGCCUCAUACAUCGAUGUAAACCGUUUCCAGUGAAUUAAUAGAUGGCAUAUUUAUGAAUUUUAGGUCUGACCACAAAAUUGGCACUGCCAUUUUAAGUAGCAAUAGUCAGGUUUAUGUUAUUGCUCUUAUAAGGCUUGAUUCAUAUUGCAUCUGUUUCCACAAAUGUGUGCCUGAAAAUAGUUUUGGAUUUCCCCCGUAUUCAGAACGGCCUCUAUGUGGCGGCACCACCACCCUGAUCCAUCUAGCUUAAUUCUUGGUUCAAGAGGCAUCUGCAUGAAAUUGCCAGAUCUCUGCGUACGCUGAUUUCUAAAUAGCCCACAACUCCGUCUUCACGCCCAGGCUUAUUUGCGCCACAGACAUAGCAAAACAACACUCAACCUGUACCAGAGACAGUGGUCUGCGCACAGGAAUUAGUUUUAAAUAUGUACCAAGUCGCAGAUGAAGCGCAGUGGAACUUGGCGUGAAAAAAAAAGCUGCUGCAUCAUAGCACUUCAUAUACAGAUUCACUUAUUUGUACACAGAUAUACAAGUGUCGUAUAUCAAAUGAAUUCGUGCAGUCUCGUGAAAUGGACUUGCCGCAUCGCAGUCACUAAGAUGUAUAUUCAAACAAAUAAAACUCUAAGCGUAAGCUUAGUCGCAUUGGACCUGGCGAGCUGAGUAGAGCCUUUUGGCGCAACACGGCAAAAGUGUAAAGGACAUAUCUCUAUGCCUCGGACUCGUGCAGUGUGUAAAAACACAGAUGCAGGUGCUUUGCGUCUAAUUUUGAGUCAGGCUCAUAAACUCCACAGAGGGAUGCAGUUAGCUCCACUGAGGUAUCUGCUUUGCAGUGGGCACUUAAGGUGCAAAAUAAUGGCGUCUGCCAAGUCACGAUGAGGAAGAGUGAUCUAGAAUAGGUUUUUUUUGGGGGGGGGGGUUUAAAUAAGGAAAAUGCUGACCUUGGUUUACUGUGACUUCCCAUAACUAUGAUUCCUAAGGUUUGCAGUUUCCUAUCAUUUUGUGCGAUUUUUAUUUUUUUACAGGGCACUGUCCAGCUUUUGUGGGUUUUUUUUUUUUUUUUUUUCAGAUUUCCAUUAAAAAAAAAGUCUGGAGACUGCUAUUUAACCUUGCAAAAAUAUAUAAAUAUAGCAAAUAUUUCCAAGAUUCAGCUGGUCUAAAUCUUGUGCUCCGAAAACAGAGAUCGGUAACUUUUUAAAAGUAGUUUAAACAGUUUUGUGCUUUUACAAUACAACCUUUGUAUUUUCCAGAUGUGAUCUAUGUUUCAAAUGUACAGCAAUGCAUACUGAGUAACUUUCAUUUCUAUGUACCCUAAUUGUGCUAUUAGGUCAUUUAUAGACCAAGGUUACCAUUGAAAUGUGUGCGUAUCAUUCUCUUAUUUAUUUUAUAGUAAAUCCAGAAUGUUUCUAUUAGCAGUAAAAUUUAAUUUUAAAAUGUAAAUAUUGUACAGUUGUAUAUUACAUAGCUUAUGUGCAAAAAUGUAAACCUGAUUCUUUGCAUGAAGAAUUAUGUAUCUUUUCAGAGUAUAUAAACUCAAGACAAGCUAUUACAGGAAAAAUAUUUGCAAAUACUGAUCCUUUUCUUGGAAUAUAAUUAAAGACGUAUAUUGUUCAAACGCAA